AUUAUUCCUAGCGGGACUUACACCUUAGGUGCAAUUGAGUUAAAAGGUGAAUGCACAAGUACUCCCAUCGAAAUGCAAGUACAAGCAACAUUGCUAGCACCACCAGAUCUAAAAGGUGAAGAUUGGGUUCAUUUCAAGUAUGUCAAUGAUUUGUCAGUAUCAGGAGGUGGAGUUUUUGAUGGGCAAGGAAAAAAAACUUGGGAAAGCAACGAUUGUCAUAAAAACCCAAAAUGUGCACCAAUGCCCAUGAGUUUGAAGUUCAGCUUUAUAAAGAAUUCAGUUGUGAGUGGCAUAACCUCUAAAGAUAGCAAGAACUUCCAUAUCCAAGUACUCGGUGCCAAUAACUUUACCCUCCAAAACGUAAAUGUAAAUGCACCAGGAACUAGCAUUAACACUGAUGGAAUUCACCUCGGGCGUUGUGUUGGAAUUAAUAUAUUAAACUCAAACAUCGGUACUGGAGACGAUUGCAUCUCACUUGGAGAUGGAAGCAAACAAGUAACAAUCACAAAUGUGACAUGUGGGCCUGGACAUGGCAUAAGCGUAGGAAGUCUAGGAAGGUAUAAUGCUGAAGAACCAGUUGAGGGACUUCAAGUUAAGAAUUGUACGAUAACUGGUACAACAAGUGGGUUAAGAAUUAAAACAUGGCCAGCUUCACCUGCUGCUGGAGUAGCUUCGGACAUGCAUUAUGAAGAUAUAGUUAUGAAUAAUGUCUCGAAUCCCAUUAUGAUAGAUCAAGAAUAUUGUCCAUAUAACAAAUGCAAUAAACAGAUACCAUCUAAAGUGAAGAUCAGCAAGGUGAGUUUCAAGAAUAUCAGAGGUACUUCUGGAAAUGCACAGGCAGUAACUCUUGUGUGUAGUUCAAGUAAUCCAUGUGAAGGUGUGGAGUUAGCUGACAUUGACCUCACAUACACUGGGAACGAAGGUCCCAUUUACUUCGUAUGCGCAAAUGUGAAGCCCACUAUUACUGGAAAACAAAACCCUCCUAUUUGUUCUCCGCUUGCUCCCAAAGCUCAAUCACCUGCUGCAACCACUCCAUGAAAGACGAUGACCCCAUGAAUAACCAAAAUUUUGAACAUUUUUUUUUUUUUUUUAAUUUUAGUCUUCAUAAAUUCUUCAAAUAAUUUUGUAAUUGCAACGUUGUUUUAGCACUCAAGUUGAAGUUCUUGUAGGAAAAACUUGGAGUGAACGCAUAUAAACAUACAUUUCUUCCUUAAUUAUGAAUAUUCUUUUGGCUUAUAUUAAU